UAUCUAUUUCUAUCCUCGUUUAGAACUUAGAACUCGGAAGGAGAAAUGGAGACAUCUCCUUCUGCUUCGAUUGGCUACGGGCUUCACCAAAACAUAUUCAGACGGUCGCCACUGCCCUCUGUGAAGGCCAACAAUUCUCGCCUUACCUUUUCUACAACUCUUGUGGGAGACCCGCUUCCCCCAAAGCUUUACUUCUCAACUAAACAUGCAAUUCUCAAAGUUGGACAAUCCCCAAGGUUACUGAAAGCAGACGGUAAUAAUCCUUUAGUUGGGGUAAUCUCAAUGGGAAUGUUGGCUCCAAGAAAAUUUUUGAGGAAGAGGAAGAAAGUGGAACAUUUCAAAGAUGCAGCUGAUGAAGCUAAUCAGAAGAGCUGGAGGAGACUGAUGAAGGAUAUCGAGGACACAGGUUCUGCUUCUACAGUACUUAGACGCCAACGGACUAAUGAAGAAUCUCUUCCUAGAGACUUGGUUUUAGGCACCUUGGUUAGAUUUAAGCAGAUGAAAAAAUGGCAAUAUGUUAGUGAGAUCCUUGAGUGGCUUCGAGCACAGAGCUGGUGGGACUUCGGUGAAAUGGAUUUCAUAAUGCUUAUAACAGCAUAUGGAAAGCAAGGGGACUUCAACAAGGCUGAGAGAAUUAUGAGCUUUAUAAAUAAAAAGGGUUAUGCACCAAGUGUUGUCUCACAUACUGCUCUUAUGGAAGCAUAUGGAAGAGGAGGUCGAUACAAUAAUGCUGAAGCUAUCUUUAGAAGGAUGCAGUCUUCAGGCCCUGAACCUUCUGCUCUGACAUAUCAAAUAAUACUUAAAAUACUAGUUGAGGGAAAGAAAUUUAAGGAAGCCGAAGAAGUUUUUGAGACACUUUUGGAUAAGGAAAAAUCACCUUUGAAGCCGGACCAAAAAAUGUUCCACAUGAUGAUUUAUAUGUAUAAGAAGGCUGGGAGUUAUGAGAAGGCACGUAAACUAUUUGCACUGAUGGCUGAACGGGGAGUUAAGCAAUCCACAGUCACUUACAAUAGUCUUAUGACAUUUGAAACUAAUUACAAGGAAGUUUCAAAGAUAUAUGAUCAGAUGCAAAGAGCUGGUCUUCGGCCUGAUGUUGUGAGUUAUGCCUUGCUCAUUAAUGCUUAUGGAAAAGCUAGGAGGGAAGAGGAAGCUUUGGCUGUUUUUGAGGAGAUGCUGGAUGCUGGAAUCAGGCCUACCCAUAAAUCAUAUAAUAUUUUGCUUGAUGCAUUUGCAAUUUCGGGAAUGGUGGAGCAAGCUCGGACUGUGUUCAAAAGCAUGAGAAGAGACAGAUACACCCCUGAUAUCUGCUCUUAUACAACUAUGUUAUCGGCUUAUGUCAAUGCAUCCGAUUUGGAGGGUGCUGAAAAUUUCUUCAAAAGACUGAAACAAGAUGGGCUUCAACCAAAUGUUGUCACAUAUGGGACUUUGAUGAAAGGAUAUGCCAAGGUAAAUAAUCUUGAAAAGAUGAUGGAGACAUAUGAAGAAAUGCAGUUAAAGGGUAUCAAAGCAAAUCAAACCAUCUUCACGACUCUCAUGGAUGCGUAUGGGAAGAACAGGGAUUUUGGUAGUGCUGUUAUUUGGUAUAAAGAAAUGGAAUCUUCUGGUGUUCCACCUGACAGGAAAGCAAAAAACAUUCUUUUAUCUUUAGCAAAAACUGCAGAUGAACAGAAAGAGGCCAACCAACUUGUAGGGUGUAUGGAGGCAAAGGAUAAUGGAUUUUCUAGGUUUCUCAAUGAAGAAGAUUACGAUGAUAUAGAAGAACUGGGUCAGCUAUAGUUAUCAGUGAUAAUUAUCAAGAAAAGCAAUUUGUACAUACUUGCAUGCUCGGUUGAUUUGUAAAGCCUGGAAUUUUGUUUCCUGGGUGGGUUUUCCUCAGCCAUGAAAAAAUAUCAGUGAGUUAAAUUAGGUAGAGUUUCGCUGGACACCAGAGCUGUUAUACAUAGUUCCUUGCCAUGUUAUAAUGAUUUGAUUGUAUCUCUGGUAUUAAUGGCUUUUGAGCAGACUCUUUUCUUGUUACAUGUAAAAUCAGAUCCUUGUAGAAAAAAUGCUGGAUCAUCUUGUGAUC